GCGUCUGCGGGGGGGGGGAGACGCCGCCCGGGUUCGCGUCUCGGAGGGGACCUCAGCGCCGGUGAAGCCCCAGGAGCGCAGCGCAGCGCAGCGGUGUCCACCAGGCUGCAAAAGAAUCAUUUGUUGUACAUUGAAAAGAAAACACAUUAGGGAAAGAAGAAUAGAAUGGAAAUGGAAGGAUUCCCUCCACCACCACCCCCUGAAGUUUUAGGAAAUGACGUGCCAAUCACUGCUGCUAAUGAAGAAGAGGACGAAGAAGGAGAACAGUUUGACUUUGAUAGCGGAGAUGAGAUACCAGAAGCGGACAGACAAACUAUUUUGCCAACUCAAGAAGAGGCAACUUGUAUAGGGAACGAAAACCUAGAAAACCUAGAAGAAACAGAGAAAAUGCAGAGCUCCAAGGCCAAUGCGGAGGGCGUCCUACCACGAGUAAACCCAUACUCUGUCAUAACCAUUUCGCCAAUGCAGGAAAAGGAGCUGUUGCUGUCGCCAGAGCCAAGCCCACAAGACGGAACUAUAAGCCCCACCCUCUCAAGCGGCUAUUCGGUCCCGGUGCCUUGCGGCUAUGCCGUACCGUCCAAUUUGCCAUUGAUACUGCCGGCGUAUUCCAGUCCUGUUAUAAUCCGUAAUCCUUCUGUGGAUGAAGAAGCCAGUGUUCAUAUAGUAGCUGAAGAUGGGCAUUCAAAUUCCCAGAGUUCAGAAGAGCCCCCGAACAGUGAAGAUAACCAGGGGAGCACGGACGAGAAUCCCUUGGCGAAAUGGGUGGCUGAUCCCGCAAACACAGAGUGGAUGGAGAAUCCUGACGAAGUAAUAUAUGAUGAUGUACCCAGAGAAAAUUCAGACUCUGAACCAGAGGAGAUGAUUUAUGAUGAUGUUGAGAAUGGAGAUGAAGGUGGAAACAGCUCUCUGGAAUAUGGGUGGAGUUCCAGUGAGUUUGAAAGCUAUGAAGAGCAGAGCGACUCAGAGAGUAAAAAUGGAAUACCCAGUUCUUUUCUGCGUGGCAACCACAGAAGACAAUUCUCCCAUGACCUGACCCGUUUGAAGGAGCACUAUGAGAAAAAGAUGAAAGACCUGAUGACUAACACGGUGGGAGGAGUAGAGAUUCAGCAAAUGAAGCAAAAACACGAGUUGAAGAUGCAGAAACUCAUGAGGGCCGCCAGGGAGGGCACCAAGGACGGGCUUGAAAAAACUAAAGCGGCUGUGAAAAAAGGCCGGUCAUUCAUCAGAACGAAGUCCUUCAUUAGUCAAGAACACAGAGCUACCUGCCUUGAGGAAGAGGAACUAUUUAUUGAUGUAGAUUGCAUGCACACAGAAGCAAUCAUGACUCCGAUGCCAGAUGGAUUAUCCCAACAACAGGUUGUGCGAAGAUACAUUUUAGGGGCUGUGGUUGACAGUGAGAAAAACUACGUGGAUGCUCUGAAGAGAAUAUUAGAGCAAUAUGAAAAGCCUCUUUCAGAGACGGAGCCCAAAUUACUGAGCGAGAGGAAAGUCAAGAUGGUCUUCUACCGAAUUAAAGAAAUUAUUCAGUGCCAUUCAAUGUUUCAGAUGGCCCUGGCGAGCCGUGUCUCGGAGUGGGAUUCUGUCGAAAUGAUUGGGGACGUCUUUGUUGCCUCAUUUUCUAAAUCCAUGGUACUAGAUGCCUACAGUGAGUACGUAAUCAAUUUUAGCGCAGCUGUGGGGAUUCUCAAGAAAACGUGUGCUACAAAACCUGCCUUCCUCGAAUUUUUAAAGCAAUGUCAAGAAUCUAGUCCUGAUAGAAUCACUCUUUAUGGCUUAAUGAUGAAACCCAUACAACGUUUCCCUCAGUUCAUCCUUCUGUUACAGGAUAUGUUGAAGAACACGACCAAAGGCCACCCAGACAGGCUGCCUCUACAGAUGGCCCUCACGGAACUUGAAACGCUGGCGGAGAAACUAAACGAACGGAAAAGGGAUGCAGAUCAGCGCUGUGAAAUAAAACAGAUAGCCAAAGCCAUGAAUGAGCGUUAUCUGAACAAGUUACUCAGCUGUGGCAACCGGUACCUGAUCCGAAGUGAUGAUAUGCUCGAAACGGUUUAUACGGACAAAGGGGAGAUCAUGAAAACCAAGGAACGGCGCCUCUUUAUGUUAAAUGAUGUUCUCAUGUGUGCCACUGUGCAUAUUCGCUCUUCCCAUGAAAACAGUGGUGUGGUGAGUGGCCAGAGGUACUUAUUGAAAUGGAGUGUGCCACUUGGGCAUGUCGACGUCAUAGAAUAUGGAAGUAAUGAGGGCCAAGGGGAGAACUGCAGAUUCCCUUUGCAGUCAUCUUCUGAGGUCAUGGUUACCAACGCAAAGCCAAAUAAGCUUUAUAUGGGGCCAGGGCAACUGUACAAUGAUCUGCAGAACCUCUUACAUGACUUGAAUGUCGUUGGCCAAAUCAGUCAACUAAUAUGCAGCCUGAAGGGAAACUACCAGAAUUUAAAUCAGUCGGUGGCUCAUGAUUGGACCUCGGGUUUACAGAGACUCAUUUUGAAAAAAGAAGAUGAAAUUAGAGCCGCAGACCGCUGUCGGAUUCAACUUCAGCUUCCAGGAAAACAGGACAAAUCGGGACGGCCCACUUUCUUUACGGCUGUGUUCAAUACAUUUACACCUGCCAUCAAACAGUCGUGGAUCAGAAGUUUACAAAUGGCUAAACUUGCUUUAGCUGAUGAAAAUCUUCUGGGUUGGUUCUGUAUAGAUGAUGAUGGGAACCAGAUUAAAAAAGAGAAGCAUCCACUCCUUGUGAAACACAUGCCUGUAAUGAUGGCCAAACAACAGGAAUUUAAGGUUGAAUGUGCUGCUUAUAAUCCUGAACCUUGUUUAUGUGAAGAAGGUGACCCUGAUUCUCUUUCUACGGAGUACGGUUUUCUGUGGAUUGGCAGUUGUACUAAUCAAAUGGGCCAAAUUGCCAUUGUAUCAUUUCAAAACUCCAGUCCAAAGCUUAUUGAAUGCUUCAAUGUGGAGUCAAGAAUUCUCUGUAUGGUCUAUAUUCCUGAAGAUGAGAAAUCCAAAGAAUCGAAUAAUAUGUUUCCUGAAUCUGGAGACAUGGCUACAACACCCCUCAAUGUGCCUACUAUUUGUGUAGGCAUGGAAGAAGGAAGCAUCUCUCUUUACAAAAGUAGUCAAGGCUCCAAGAAAAUCCGUCUCCAACACUUCUUUGCCCCCGAAAAGUCUACUGUGAUGAGCUUAGCAUACAAGACUCACCAUUUAUUUGCUGGCCUAGUCAAUGGAAACAUUGCAAUCUACACCAAAUUGGAAGAUGGGAGCUGGAACUCAGAACCACAGAAAACGGUGAAAUUGGGGGUUCUUCCCGUCAGAGGUCUUCUUGUGAUGGAAGAAACCAUCUGGGCUGCUUCUGGUGGACAGAUAUUUAUAAUUAAUACAGAAAGUCAUGCUGUAGAGUGCCAUUUUGAAGCCCAUCAAGAGGAAGGGAUGGUGAUCUCUCAUAUGGCUGUGGCAGGAGUGGGGAUCUGGAUUGCCUUCACGUCGGGAUCUACUCUCCGCCUUUUCCACACCGAAACCCUUAAACAUCUCCAGGAUGUUAAUGUGGCCACUCUUGCUCACAAUAUGUUAUCAGGACAGCAACGUGUCUCGGUGACCAGCCUCUUAGUCUGCCAUGGCCUGUUACUGGUUGGAACGAAUGUUGGGAUUAUAGUAGCCCUGCCAGUUCCUCGCUUGCAGGGAAUCCCCAAAGUAACUGGAAGAGGCAUAGUGUCUUAUCAUGCCCAUAAUGGCCCUAUCAAGUUCCUGGUAACGGCCUCUGUGACGAGCAAGCAGAACAAGAGCAAGUCAAAAUCCAGGCUGAGUUGUCCUCAUUCGGGCCUGAAAGAGGAUGACCAGAAGGGUGUUGGACCUGAGAGGCCCAAUUCUUCUCUGAGCAACCCAGGUGACAAUGCCGUUUGGUUGGGAGGCUCGGUCGGAUCCAUUGCUCAGAAAAGUGACUUGUCUUCAUCGUCCGGGUCACUCACGUUGUCACACGGCUCCAACACAACUGAACCUCGGCCGGAAGAGAGUGCCGUCUACGAGCUUCUGAAAGAAGUCUCCCCUGACCAGAGUAAAAGGCAUAGAUCCAGAGAGGGGAAAGCAAUAUCCAUCUUGGUCAUCUCUGGAGGUCAAGGACACCGAAGGGUGAAUAAGAAAUGCAAGCAGCAGCGGCCAGAUGAGCUGGUCUCUUCGAUAAUGGUUUGGCAGAUUCCACUGUUAAAAAUCUGACAAUGGGAUACGAUGCGAUUUGUUCAGUGACAAAGUUUGCUUUGGUGUUAACACCAUCAUGAUGAAUUUAACGUUUUUAUCUCAAAGGCAAAUUAAAUAUCAAUGUUUGCAAAGGCCUCUUCAUAAGGUUUCUUUGUCCUGAAUUCACGUGGGUUACCUUGUUAGAACAAGUAUCUUAGAUAUCUUCUGAGAAGCCCAUUUCAGAACUACAUCUAAACAUAUAUUUGACUCUUCAAAAGUUCUUUAGCUGGAAAAAAAAAAGUACGAUCCAUUUCAAGCAUUUUUUCCCCCUCAUUUUGCUACUAUUUAUAUUCAAAUAUUGUGGCCUAAAAAUAUUCAGUGAAGGGAAAGGAUCGAAGAGUAUUUCUCUGACGAGCCUUGCCCAAAUAAUUAUUUCUUGCGAGGCAAGAAUAUUGUGCGCGUGUUUCGUUUCCACAAACAUUUUUAAAGCAAUCAUUAUUCCAAGAUAGUCUACUAGCUUUAUUCCAGAGACUAUAAAUAAACCUGUAAAAUACUUUCUCAAGUAAGUGUCAGACACAAUAAAAGGGUUUUUUUUGGGUUAUAUACUACAGAUUUAUACUUGGGAGGAAAAAAGAUAGGGCUAACCUUUAAUUAAUACCUAAAAUGAAUAUUAUAAAAAGAAAUGUUAAACAUUCAGAAUGAAAUACGUUUGACUUACUAAGUGAUGUACUUUUUUUUUAACCUUUUGGUUACUCCCAGUAAGUUGAAGAGAAAAUGAAACCACUGUGAAUUUUAGUAGCCAAGGUGGCGCAGUGGUUAAAUGCAGCACUGCAGGCUACUGCUAGAUCAGCAGGUCAGCGGUUCAA